GCACUAAGGGAUCCAUGUCGUAUCAAUGAUGGAAAUGAWGAGAAGUUAAUAGUCGGGGAGCCUGGGUUUCUUUCGCCCCAGGAAAGGAUGCUGAUGGUGCAGCUAAUGAAGAAGAGGCAUUGCACGUACRCCUUUAAUGACGACCAGCGAGGGAGGCUGGAUGUGGACAAGAUCCCRAUGAUCCGGAUCCACAMGGYCCCCCACGAGCCCUGGAACCUAAGGGGUGCGCGAUACCCAAACCCUGAUGAGGAGAAGAUGGUGGUGGACUAUCUGGAUGGCAAGAUGCGCACGCAUGUUGCCGGCUACUCUAGCAGUCCGUAUGCUUCUUCUUGGUUCGACUUUAUUACGCCGAACAGGACGCUACGGUGGGUACAGGAUCUGCAACGACUAGAUGCGAUAACGGUGCGAGAUGCGGGAGGCUUGCCGAACGCAGAUGCACUGUCAGAGUCAUGCGCAGGGAGGCCUAUAAUCUCACUUAUAGACCUCUAUUCCGGGUAUGAUCARUUUUYUGUAUACCCGCCUGAUAGGCCGGUGACGGCAAUGCACACGCCAAGGGGGUUAAUCCACAUGAAUGUGGCCCCUCAGGGUUGGACGAAUGCGGUGGCGAUGGUGCAAAGGCAUAUGAUCAGGGUCAUGCAAACAGUCAGUCCGCACAUCACUCAGCCCUAUAUCGACGACUUGGCAGUCAAAGGGUCAAAGGAGAAAGAGGAAGACGAGGUGCAGCCCGAAGUAAGGCGUUUUGUUUGGAGGCACAUCCAGGAUCUCGAUCGAGUCUUGGGCCUGCUGGAGGAGUACAAUCUCACUGCAAGCGGGCCAAAAUCCAAGCACUGCAUGAGAGAAGCUACUAUCCUGGGGUUUGUCUGCAACGAGAAGGGUCGGAAGCCAAACGUGAAGAAGACAGACAAAAUCUUAGAGUGGUUGGUGCCUUUCGAAACCAUAACGGAUGUGAGAAGCUUUCUUGGCACCUGUGGAUUUUGGAGGAGCUUCGUGAAAGAUUUCGCCGCCAAGACUGAGCAUUUAAGGAAGCUGGUGCACCAGGACCAGGAAUGGGUUUGGGUCGAAGACCAGAAAGAAGCGGUGACCAGGAUGAAGGGAGAGUUCAGGGAAGGAGGAUUGGUGCUGGGGGCACAAAACUAUGAGGAGACUGAAGAAAAGCCGUUCAUCAUCGAGACAGACGCUGGGCCAACUGCAUUAGGAGGGGUUUUGAUCCAGGCGGAUGCCGAGGGAAAGGAGAUGCCGCUAAGAUUUGAAAGUCGUACUCUUAACACGACUGAGAGGAACUACUCUCAGUUUAAGAAAGCGACGCUUGCGAGACCUCUCGGGGCAUCCGGAGGGGAGGAGCGGCAUGGGCCCUUCAGGAGAGAGCCUACACCCGUGUUUGAUGACGACAACAUCGAGCUCUUCUUGGACGCCUAUCGAGAGCAUGCAGCCCAAAGAGGAUGGGACGUGUCUGAGAGGAUACGUCACUUGAGGGGAAUUGGGAGGUUCGAGGAGCCCAUUGUGCAAAUCAGGGAGGAGGCCCUGACCUGGUCAGAGGUAGAGGCAAGGAUGCAGAGAUUGAGAGCUUCACCUUUGGGGAGUGAUGGGCUACCUAUCUGCUUGGAGGAAGGGAACGUGGAGGAGUUCAUCCCGGCAUACGAACAAUAUAUGAGCGAUCAGGGGGUUCCGAGGGAUGAGUGGGUGCAGGCGCUACUCAUUUGGACCAGAGGAGCGGAGCGUCCGCUGGCGAGGCAGAUUCGGGGUCGGGCACGAGAUUGGGAGGAUUGUCGGGCUCAGUUGAGGGAGGCGUUCCGGCGGCCGGAACCAGAGAGGCCAGAACCCAAGGUUGAUAGAAGACGGCGGAGCAAGAGGUUAAGAGAUUUGGAGGCAAGAGAGCCGGUGGCGUCGAGAGACGGUCGGAAAGCCUUGGCACAGCGGGAAGGAGGACAAGCAGGACUAACUAGAGCGGGGGAGUCCUUCCCUGCUUGUGGCCUCAGGCAGGUGGAGUUCCAUCCGGUUAUGGAGGGUGACUUACCAGGAUCCUCGCCACAGGCACCAGAUCGGAGGGAGAGCGAGGUACCGACAGCGCCGUUCAGGAGCCUGGAAGCCCACCUGGACGCGUCCCAGUGGGAGGCCCCUUCAGUAGGAGUGAGCCCUAUGGACCCAUCGGGAGAGGAGCGAAUUCGCCCCGAGCCCGAGGCAGAGCCACUCCGAUUGAAGGGGGUAGGGGCGAAAGAUGUUAUUAUGGUGGAAGGUGAUACUCCUCCCGACUUCCUAGCUCGAGUUCAAACGCGGCAGUCUUGGCCAGAGGGCGUCCUGGAGCCAGACAGCCAGGAGGCCCCAGUACCACCACCAGAAGCCGCUAUGUCACCCAGGCAGGAGGUUGAGGCACGGGGACCGGAGGAAGGGUGGAGAGUUAAGCCCCGCCUAGUCAUUGAUUCACGUUUGGCCUCACAUGCAGCUGAGCACCCUGACAUUGAGGAGCCCAGCCUGGUUGGGGCAUCAUCAGGACCAGCAUGUACUGAGUUAGAAGAGGGUUCGCAAGUUGUGACUGGGAAAGCCACGAAGGCAGGCACAGGAAGGGAGCCAGACGGAGCCGCCCAGGCAAAGCGUGCCAAGGUACGAGCUCGCCUUGCGGAGAUACAUGAGCGACGGGACAGGAUGGAGGCUGCAGGGAUAGUGCCAACGCCACCAGUCGACCCUAAGACGAAUGAGCAGAGGAUUGACGAGUUGUGGGCCAGAUAUGAGGGGCGGAGUGAGACAGCUCGCCAGAGGGCACAAGAGACGAGCCAGGCAUCUGAGGGUGCAGACGAGGCAGUAGAGAUUGGGGAGUUGGGUUUUGUUGCCACUAGAAAGGUCAUCGAGUGGGUGGACAAGGAGAUAAAGCAGGCAUCCAUCACGGCCUUUCAAAGGUACUCGCUACUCAGUGAUGAGCUGGCCCUCAGGAAAGAGGAGGUGGAACAACUGACUGCCCAACUCGCAGAGGAGAGGGUCGAGAACAAGGCCUGGCAAACUCGCCUGGAAGCAAAGGAGGUUGAGUGGGAAGCAAAGCUCAAGGAAAUGGCGGCAGCAGUGGAAAGAUUUGUCGCUACCAAGGUGAUCGACUGGACUGAGCAGAGCAGGUACGGCAUCCAAGGCAAGGGGGUGCAAGGGUUGUUUGGCCAACAGGAGGCAGCAGAGGCAUCUCGGCAAGAGAAGUUGGGGAAGGUAUUUUUUGACCGAGCUGAGGCAGAGGCAAGAAAGGAAGCCAACAAGGGAAGCUUUGAGUUCAAGGCUCCCACUGAGCUGGCCUCGCAGCCAGAGGCCCCUACUUCGGCAGAUACCCCUAUGGAGGCGCUGACCCAAGAACCCCAACCUGCACCAGUAGAAGAGGGGGCGGCUGAGGAGUCACUAGCGAUCCUUCUGGACGUACAGGAGGGGACUCUCACUGGAGCGGUGGAGCCUCCACAGCUUAAGGCACAGGAGAAGGAGCCGUCAUGUCUGGACGAGUUGGUAGCUGCCAUGGAGGUGGAUAUGCCGCCGAAGGAGCCUCAGGAGCAAAGGACCCCGGAGCAUGAGCCAGAGAUGGGGGAAUUGAGGGCACAGCUGGGCUCGUGGGCCAUUGGGACCGAUUCGGGAGGACCGACUACUGAUCAGCGGCAGCAGGAGGCCACGAGCCAGCCUACUAUAGCCGCUACUCCCCAGACUCCGAGGCCUCACGAGAAUGAGGAAGCGGCUAUGGCAGAGGGAACCCGCGAGGGCAGGCCACUGAGGUUGGAUACCCCUGAGUACCAGCCCGAGGGAGAGAUGCAGCGAGGGGAAUUAAGUGCCCAGAGAAUCGAAGGAGCUGAAGGACCGUGGCACCUGCCCCAGAGUCAUGAAGCGAGCAAGGAGAAGGAAGAGGCACCUCCGUUAUCAGGAACCCAGAGAAAGAAGAAGAGAUUUCAGAGAAAAUCGGAGGUUAUGUGUUUCUAUUUCCUGGAUGGUGUGCAUAGGGCCCAGGAGUGUCCUAAGUUCCUUAAGGACAAGGCUGAGGGGCGGGUUACCGAGCAGGAUGGCAAGAUGUAUGAUAGACAGGGCUGAGUGGUAGAGAGGGCUCCGGAUGGGGGUCGAGCCUAGUUGUAUA